UAUCACCAGUGGUCUCAGCAGUGGUACACUGUGUAGGAAUUCUUAUACCAAGUAGGGUUGUUUAUAGGGAACAGUUGCAUUAAAAUCUUGACAGGUAUAAAUGGGGGAUUAUGUUUAUAGGGGUAAAUGCUCUUCAGAUAUCUGGCUGAGGCUGAUGUACCUGGGGUGGACACUUAGUUUGCAGUAGUCGUCAUUCAGAGACGUAGCAGACAUUGAUAGUCAGUUGAAGGCUACAUGGACAUCUCCAAUUAGAGCCCAUUAGUCUGUGGCAGCCAAUGAAGACAACAUGGCCUCGGGCAUUGAGUGCAAUGAGAUUUGCAAACAACUAAAUGUAAUUAUAGACCUUUGCUGACCCAACCUGCCGAAGAGAAGCCGAGGUAUAAAAGUCACCAGCCGGGCGACUGCCUCCUGUUCACACACUGAGAUGGCUGAGAGGAGACCCUGCUCCUUCUCCCACCUGAGGAUCACCACGGUGGUCCCCAUCUACUUCACCAUGCUUGGUCUGAUUUUGGGGCUGUCCCUGGUCGCUCGACACGACACGACCCAAGUGUCCAGCUCCUUCCCGUACACGGUCCCCCUGGACCCCGAGGGCUCCCUCCAACUCUUCUGGAAUGUCAGCUAUCCCGAGAAAGUGGUGAAUUUCCAGAUCCUCAUCAAAAACCUAAAAUUCGGAAUGAUCUUUGGCAUGUCAGACCGAGGAGAAUUCGAAGGUGCGGAUUUGGCGGUCCUCUGGAGCGAUGGAUUCAGCUCUUAUUUCGGAGACGCCUGGAGCGACAGCGAUGGACAUCUACAUAUCGAUUCCCACCAAGACUACCAGCUGCUGUCAGCACAACAGACACCCGAGGGUCUCUAUCUUGUCUUCAGAAGGCCGUUCACUACCUGUGACCCUAAUGACUACCUCAUAGAGGAUGGGACUGUGCAUUUAGUCUAUGCCCUGCUGGAGAAGCCAUUCCAGUCCCUCUCCGCUAUCAAUAUCUCCCUGCUCCACCGAGGACUCCAGCGGGUGCAACUUUUGAAGCCAGAGAUUCGGAAGUCUCACCUACCAAAGGAUGUAAUAACAAUGGAUGUCAAAGCACCAAAUGUUCUUAUUCCAGAUAAAGAGACAACUUACUGGUGUUACAUCACCGAGCUGCCGGAGGACUUCUCCAAACACCACAUAGUCAUGUAUGAACCGAUCAUCAUGAAGGGACACGAGGCCAUAGUGCAUCACAUGGAAGUCUUCCAGUGCUCAGAGGAGUACGAUGUGAUCCCCCACUAUAGUGGACCGUGUGACUCCAAGAUGAGACCACAAAGGCUUGACUACUGCAGGCACGUCCUGGCCGCCUGGGCAAUGGGGGCAAAGCCAUUUUACUAUCCUGAUGAUGUCGGCUUGGCCUUCGGAGGUCCCAGAUCUUCUCGGUUCCUUCGACUAGAAGUUCAUUACCACAAUCCUCUGGAACUGAAAGGUCUACAAGACUCAUCUGGUAUCCGCCUCCAUUACACCCCAUCACUGAGGAGAUAUGAUGCAGGGAUCAUGGAGCUUGGCUUGGUGUACACCCCGGUGAUGGCCAUCCCGCCCCACCAGAGACAAUUCACCCUGACUGGAUAUUGCACAGGGAAAUGCACUGAUGAGGCUCUCCCUGCAGAGGGGAUUCACAUAUUUGCCUCUCAGCUCCACACACAUUUAACAGGGCGGUCGGUGACUACCGUGAGGGUGCGGGAUGGGAAGGAAAUCGCCAUUGUAAAUCAGGAUAAACAUUUCAGCCCACACUUUCAGGAGAUCAGGAUGCUGAAUAAACCUGUCCACGUUAUACCGGGGGAUUUGCUGGUAACAAGAUGCUCUUACAACACGGAAGAUAGAAGCAAAGUAACCGUGGGCGGGUUCAGUAUUACUGAUGAGAUGUGUGUGAACUACAUACAUUAUUACCCCCGCACCGAGCUGGAACUGUGCAAGAGCCACGUGGACCUGGGAUAUUUGAAAAAGUACUUUAACCUUGUGAACAGAUUCAGCGGUGAUGAGGUCUGCACAUGUCCACAGUCAGCUGUCACCGAGCAGUUCAACGAAGUCCCAUGGAAUUCCUUCACCAGCGAAGUCCUGGAUUCCUUAUAUAGCUAUUCCCCCAUCUCCAUGCAUUGUAACAAGUCCUCCGCUGUGAGGUUCCCGGGUGAGUGGGAACGGCAGCCAUUACCAGUGAUAACACAAGCCUUGCCACCUCCAACCACAAGCUGCCCACGCCAAGAGGACACCGCGUCCGCCGGACCAGCUCUCUUGAAUAUAAACAGUCUGGGAUAGUAUUGAGGACAAUGAAAGCUACAAAGGUCGGCAAUUGGUGGAAGAAAACCAAAAACCUUCUCUCUUUCUUUUGUUGCUAACAGUCCAGUACGUCACAUUGCCGCCUAUGGGUGAUGCCAAGUGUCAAGGCGCCACUUUUACCGCUCUAUAAAAUGAAGUAUCCUCACCACAAAAAAGAAUAUAUUUUUAGACGGAUGAAUAGAAAACUUAACUUCAUCUCUGCAUUGAAGCCAGGACAAUAUAACACAGUGUUUCCCAACCAGGGUGCCUCCA